CUCAACCAAACCCCCAAAUCCCAAAUUAUUAUAUUCCCCAACUCAGACCCAACCCAUUUGCCAACACCACCCUUUUUACUCAAUCGAUUACUGGAACACCCACCAUUGUUUGUCUCUCAGAUCUGAGCUUAUUUUCUUUCCCACAUAAGGGAAAGACUGAAACACUUCUGGGUUUCAACCAACUAUGGAUGAGAAGCUGAUUCAGCGGUUGGAAUCGGCUGUAGCUCGGCUUGAAGCCUUGUCUACUGGAUUCCGCCCCGGUGGUGCACCGGAGAGUGGCGAGGAUGUGGUGACUGACCCCUCUAUUCUUGCUUUUGAUGAUCUGAUGGGGCAGUACUUUGCAAGGGUUUUAAGUGCUGCGGAGAAGAUUGGAGGGCAGGUUCUUGAGGUAACUAAGAUUUUGAAAGAGGCAUUUUCUGUUCAGAGGGAGCUUCUUGUUAAGGUCAAGCAAACUCAGAAACCUGACUUGGCGGGCUUAGCUGAAUUUCUGAAGCCAUUGAACGAAGUUAUUAUGAAAGCAAAUGCACUCACAGAGGGAAGGAGGUCUGAUUUCUUCAACCAUUUGAAAGCUGCAGCUGAUAGUCUAUCUGCACUGGCUUGGAUUGCAUUCACAGGAAAAGACUGUGGUAUGAGCAUGCCCAUUGCCCAUGUUGAAGAAAGUUGGCAAAUGGCUGAAUUUUACAACAACAAAGUUCUUGUAGAGUACAGAAACAAAGAUCCAAAUCAUGUUGAGUGGGCCAAAGCUAUAAAGGAACUCUAUUUGCCAGGUUUAAGGGACUAUGUCAAAAGUUUCUAUCCUUUGGGUCCAGUAUGGAGUGUUACUGGGAAAACAACUGCUUCUGCUGCUCCUAAGGCUUCUCCUCCUCCUCCUAAAACAUCAGCACCGGGUGCACCGGCCCCACCUCCACCCCCUCCAGCUUCACUAUUCAGCUCUGAACCUUCUCAGGCUUCAUCUUCUAAGCCAAAAGCAGGAAUGGCUGCUGUUUUCCAAGAAAUCAAUUCUGGGAAGCCCGUGACUUUAGGUCUGAAGAAAGUCACAGAUGACAUGAAAACCAAGAACCGUGCAGAUAGAGUUGGCAUUGUGGGUUCUAGUGAGAAACGUGGUCCUACAGCCUCUCCUUCAUUUUCCAAAACAGGACCUCCAAAGUUAGAACUUCAAAUGGGUCGAAAGUGGGUUGUUGAGAACCAAAUUGGAAGAAAAAACUUGGUGAUUGAUGAUUGUGAUGCUAAACAAUCGGUGUAUAUCUUUGGAUGCAAAGAUUCAGUUUUGCAGAUUCAAGGGAAGGUCAACAACAUAACAGUUGACAAAUGUACAAAAUUGGGAGUUGUAUUCAGGGAUGUUGUGGCUGCAUUUGAGAUUGUAAAUUCCAAUGGGGUUGAAGUACAAUGUCAGGGUUCUGCUCCAACUAUUUCUGUGGACAACACUGGAGGCUGUCUACUAUAUUUAAACAAAGAUUCUUUGGGGACAUCCAUUACAACUGCCAAGUCAAGUGAGAUCAAUGUCUUGGUUCCUGAUGCAGGAUCUGAUGGUGAUUGGGUGGAGCAUGCACUACCACAACAAUUCGUUCAUUUGUUUAAGGACGGUCGCUUCGAAACCACUCCAGUCUCUCACUCAGGAGGGUGAAUUGAGUUUUAACAGAUUCUCUCUUUUCUUCGUUUAUAUUUUUAUCUAUUAAAUGGAGAGUGGUAUUUGUUUCCAUUUUCCCCCCUUGAUUCAUUUGUCACAGUAAAUUACAUCUGGUGGUUUGAUAGUGUCUUAUUUCAUUGGGUAUUUGUUUUCCUCUUCUUCUUUUCAAAAACUUUGGAUUUCAUCUUUCAAAGGAAUUUCAGCAGUGUUUGUGGGGACAACACAUCGUGUAACAAAGUGUUCUAUUUUCUGCCUUUGUUUUGUUGUAAUGAGAAUCUGUCAACUUCUACUUUGGGUUUGAGAAGAAAACAGAGAAAUCUCUUCUUUGCUUCCUUGUUAUGCAUUGCUUUGGCAUACCUGCAGUUAUGAGAAAUUUUCAAGCAGACCCAGAAUGAGUUUGGGAAGAAGAAAUUGGUGCAUGAAGUAUUGGAAGGUGGAAGCAGAUUCAUGUUUAAAAAUAUUCUGAGAAAGCUUUUCUUUUCUUUUUUGUGGGUGUAUUUUCAUGAGAAAUGUUGUAUUCUGUUAAAAGUGUUUGAACGUUACUUUCAAAAUGGCAUUGAUGAUAGUUUAUUUGACAAAA